AUGGGCCAAGACGACGAGCAGAAGAGCUACCGCUACAAUGAGACUCCGGUCUACACCACUUCCAACGGCUGUCCUGUGAUGGACCCCCAAGCCUCCCAACGGGUUGGCUCCAACGGGCCUCUACUUCUGCAAGAUUUCAACCUCAUCGACAUCCUCGCCCACUUCGACCGUGAGCGUAUCCCAGAGCGAGUAGUUCACGCCAAGGGUGCAGGCGCCUACGGCGAGUUUGAGGUCACCGACGAUAUCAGUGAUAUCACUAUCGUCGACAUGCUCAAGGGAGUUGGGAAAAAGACCAAGACAUUCGUCCGCUUUUCCACCGUCGGAGGUGAAAAGGGCUCUCCUGACAGUGCUCGCGACCCCCGAGGAUUUGCCUGCAAGUUCUACACGGAGGAGGGUAACUGGGACUGGGUCUUCAACAACACCCCCGUCUUCUUCCUCCGCGACCCUAGCAAGUUCCCCAUGUUCAUUCAUACCCAGAAGCGCAACCCGCAGACCAACCUCAAGGACGCAACGAUGUUCUGGGACUACCUCUCCACGCACCAAGAAGCCGUCCACCAGGUCAUGCACCUCUUCAGCGACCGCGGCACCCCCUACUCUUACCGCCACAUGAACGGCUACUCUGGCCACACAUACAAAUGGAUUAAACCCGACGGCACCUUCAACUACGUUCAACUCCACCUCAAGACAGACCAGGGCAACAAGACCUUCACAGACGCCGAAGCUGGCCGCCUCGCUGCCGAAAACCCAGACUGGCACACCCAGGACCUCUUCAACGCUAUUGCCCGCGGCGAGUACCCUUCAUGGACCUGCUACGUCCAAGUCCUCAGCCCCGGACAGGCCGAGAAAUUCCGCUGGAACAUCUUCGACCUGACCAAGGUCUGGCCGCAAUCCGAAGUGCCUCUCCGCCGCUUCGGCCGCUUCACCCUCAACAAGAACCCUGAGAACUACUUCGCAGAGGUCGAACAGGCCGCCUUCUCCCCCUCCCACAUGGUCCCCGGCGUCGAACCCUCCGCCGACCCGGUCCUCCAAGCCCGUCUCUUCUCCUAUCCAGAUACCCAUCGUCACCGUCUCGGCACGGCAAACUAUCAAUCCAUCCCCGUCAACUGCCCCUUGCGCUCAUUCACUCCUUUCCACCGCGAUGGCGUCAUGAGCGUCGACGGUAACCACGGUGCGAACCCUAACUACCCCUCCACCUUCCGUCCCCUGCAGUACAAGCCCGUCAAGGCCUCCCAAGAGCACGAGAAGUGGGCCGGCGCCGUCGUCACCGAGCAGCUCCCCGUCACAGAUGAGGACUUUGUCCAGGCCAACGGUCUCUGGCAGGUUCUGGGCCGUCAACCCGGUCAGCAGGAGAACUUUGUCGGUAACAUUGCCGGUCACUUGUGUAAUGCUCACCCUAGGGUCCGCAAGGCCACAUAUGGCAUGUUCCGUCGUGUGAACGCGGAUCUAGGUGCUAGAAUCGAGAAGGCUACAGAGGGGAAGGUGACGGAUGCUCGGGCUCGUCUGUAA